CCAUACGCGACUAGUGUGUCAGAAGUGGGUGCGAAAACACAUCGAGUCACCAUGACGACGACAGCCAGGGCGUCGAUACUGACGCUUAUCCACACACCUCCAGAUUACGUAACCACCAGUGAAGUACGCAACUACGACGUCCAGCGAUGGACAUAUUCGAUAACGCCAAAGCACAAGCGAGGUCCAUUUUUGGACAGGCGAAAGAUGCGGAUUUCUUACAAAGUUUCGUUAGAGUUGGCAUGCCCGAUGAGGAGGAAGAAACUCCGGUGCAAAAGGCGUCGAUCAGCAAGAGAGCUCCGCAGUCCGCUGAGAAAGGUCGCGAGCCUGAAGUUGAAGAUGAGAAGAUUACUAUUAAAGAGAGGAAGGAGUCUGUUAAACCGAAGAAGAAGUUUAAACGGAAGCCUAAACGUGAGAGAAGGCGGCGGGAGGAGGAGCUGUAUACUGACAAGGACCGCGCGGCGGCUGUAGUGAUGGGCUCCAAGGAUAUCAAGCAGUCGCUCAACUUGAAGGACAAGGCGGAGCGGAGCAGUGCGCUGCAGCUACCUGUUGAGGCCGACGCUGGCACGCUGCUGGCGCUGGCCAGAGCCGAAAUGAUGAGAGAACGAUACCGUACUGCCGUUUUAUUCGUUAGUAAGGCCAUCGAACUAGCUCCUGAUGAAAAGGCAGCUUACGUGGCGCGUAGCAAGUGCUUCCUGCUGUUGGGAGAGCCUCGCUCAGCCCUGGUUGAUGCAGAGGCGGCCUUGAAGCUGGACCCUAAGGACGCGAAGGCACUGCUUCGGAAGGCUGAAGCUCUGUACUACUGCGGGGAGUUCGAGAUGAGCCUCGUCCAUUACCAUCGAGGACUGAGGGCCAGACCAGAUUUGAACGACUUCAGACUUGGCGUACAAAAGGCACAGGAGGCGAUUGAGAACACGAUCGGUUCCGUCAAAGUUGUGAAAAGAACUGGAAAAAAAAGAUCAAAAUCGGCCAGACCCGUCUUAGGUCAGCUGAACUCGGAUAAAAUCUACCUCGAAAACUUGUUGAAGAAUCCAGAUCUGGCCAUUGCCGACAAGAAGAACGACGUGGUAAUGAAACAAGCAGAAGAAGCUAUCAGGUUCUUGGAGAAUCGAGAGGAGUUUUGGAGGCAGCAACAGACUUCUGGAGGAGACUAGAAUAUCAUCAUUUUCAAUUAUUCAAAUUGGAUGGGCUCCAAGCGUUAAAAUCAAACUUGUUAAAUAGCGAUGGCAGCGCAACCUACCGGAUAAUAUGUAUAUCGAAAAGAUUUGCAGUUGUGGGAAGGAAGCUGUACCUAGUUAGAUUAUUUAGACCUAAGGAGCUUCAGUAGUUUUGACAAAAUAUUGUGUGCAUCUUUAGUAUCGAGUAUAUGCAAGGCUCCUUGUCCUUACAACCUAGCUUAAAUAGGACGUAGAAGAUAGGCAGAGAGAGAAAAAAAAGUUUAUAUGAAUUUUAAAAAUGCUUAUUUAGAUUUUCAUUUUCUUAGAGAGUAGCGGUAGACAUAAUAAUACACGGAUUUUGUAACUUAUUCUUUAAAUAAAAUAAAUAACCUUUACCUAAUCAAAUAUACCUACCGUUAAAAUAUAUCAUUUUUUAAUAUUUAUAAUAUGUGUUUGUCUUAAAACUCAGCAGGAUUUUUAAGAAGAUACUUAAACAAAGGGAGUAUUUAGAGGAAGUAAAUCCUAAAAUUAUGGUCCUAGGUAUAUGUAUAUUGUUUUUAAUUUUUAAACAAAAAUGUACCU